AUGGACUGGUUGACUAAAUACGAGAACGCUACAGAGUUUUACAUGGAUGCACAACGUCGAUGGCCGAUUCGUAGGAGUCGACCUGGUGGGAAAUGGAUACUGGCAUCGUUUGAUGAUGAGUCAAUUGUGGUCUAUCAAGCUUACGACGAUGAAAUAGCACAAUUUGCUUGUGAAAAUGGUCAUUUUAUCGGAUGUCCAGGUUAUAACCAGCAGCGGAUGACCUGGAUCAAAACGAAUUUUCUCUGGAUGAUGCAUCGAUCUCAUUGGAUCUCACGUUCAAACAAAAAACGUAUUCUAGCUAUUUGGCUUCGACGAUCGGCGUUCGAUAGUUAUCUAGCACGAGCUGUUGACUCAAAUAGUCAAGAUCUUCCUCCUGACAAACAAUCAGUAACAUCAAAUAAUACAGAUCAAGUUCGUUUAAAAGGUCGAAUUCGUUUGCAAUGGGAUCCUGAUUAUGAUCCACAUGGUACACCAAUUCCUUACCGCCGAGCGAUACAAUUGGGCCUCAAAAAAGUUGACAGUUUUCUCGACGGUCGGGAUAUCCUUCGUAUUGUUGACAUCACUUCAUUUGUUAAAAAUCAAUACACCAAUGCCGUUUUAAUCAAAGGUCACCGUCGUCGUGAUCAACUCGAUCAACUUCGUGUUCCUAUCGAACAUAUCUACGAGCCGGUAGAUGAGCAAAUUCGUCGACAUAUUCAGCUAGAUUCCUGGAAUGCGGCAUAG